AUGAACAGCCCUUCCAAACGACGGAAGAAGAACGAUGGCUCCGGAAAGCCGGUACGAAGUUUAGACUACUUUUUUGCGAAGCAGACGGCUAAAGCAACAGCCAAAGAUGCGCCGACGAACGCAGGCCCGAGCGAGCCGCCUGUGGACGAAGACAACACAGGACUGACCGACGAGGAGCUCGCGCGCAAACUUCAGGAGCAAUGGGACAAGGAAGAUCAACAGCAGGCGCAAAACCAGGAGCCGGUGAGCUCAAAUGAGCUGUACGAAGAGCCCCAGAAGGCCAACACGAAGGAUGCAGAUGGGCAGGUUGGAGUGUCAACAUUGCCAACGCGCGAACCGGCUCUAGAAAACACGUCGCCUGCCGAAGCUACCCAGAAGAAGAACACGCUGUCUCUUCAGUCGACCGCAUCCGAAGAAGACGUGAUCACAGCGAACAUACCCUUCGACCAGAGCCCUCUCGAAUUCGACCCUUCGGAAUACAUACCAGAGUUACAAAAGCAUUGGGUGGUCGACGGAGGGCACGCGACAUACGCGCUGUUGACAAGAUGUUUCAUCUUGGUCAACAGUACGACGAGUCGCAUCAAGAUUGUCGACACUCUGGUCAACCUUAUUCGGACGAUCAUCGAAAGCGAUCCUAGCAGCUUACUUCCAGCGGUCUGGCUCGCGACAAACGCAAUAUCGCCCCCGUACAUUGAUCUGGAACUUGGGUUGGGAGGUUCCGCGAUCUCGAAAGCGCUUAAGAAAGUUUGCGGACUGGAUAAUGCAGGCUUGAAAGUGUUGAACGCCAAAUAUGGCGACGCUGGAGAUGUAGCGUUCGAGGCAAAGAAGAAGCAGAGCUUUACCCUGCGUAAACCGAAGCCUCUGACGAUCAGGAGCGUCUUCGACUCGCUAGUCAAGAUUGCGAACAGCAAAGGCCAUGGCAGCGUAGAGAAUAAGCAGAGGAUUGUCGAGAGACUAGUACAAGACGCGCGUGGUGCUGAGGAGAGCCGAUACAUCGUGCGCACUCUUGUGCAACAUCUGCGGAUUGGAGCUGUCAAAACCACAAUGCUCAUCGCGCUGUCACGGGCCUUCAUGCUGUCGAAACAGUCAGGUGCCGAAUUCGAGAUCCGUGAUCGGAAAGACCUGGCGAAACUGAAGAAGGAGGAGCUCGCGGAGAUCUACAGCAGGAAUGAGGAGAUCGUGAAGGCAUGUUUCGCUCGACGACCAAACUACAACGACCUUAUACCCGUACUUCUCGAGAUCGGUGUCUGCGACGAACUACUCGUGCGCUGUGGACUGUCGCUUCACAUCCCGCUCAGGCCCAUGUUGGGAAGCAUUACGCGCGACAUGGGCGAGAUGCUCACGAAGUUACAAGGACGAGACUUCGCCUGCGAGUACAAAUAUGACGGACAAAGAGCACAGGUACAUUGCGACGAGAAAGGAAAAGUCACGAUCUUCUCGCGUCAUCUGGAAGUGAUGACUGACAAGUAUCCGGAUCUGGUAGCACUGGUGCCCAAGAUACGUGGCGAGGGUGUCUCAAGCUUCAUCCUCGAAGGCGAGGUGGUUGCUGUUGAUCGCGAGAGUGGAGAUCUCAAGACCUUCCAGACACUCGCAAAUCGUGCGAGGAAAGAUGUCGUUAUCGGCGCGGUGACGAUCGACGUUUGCCUGUUUGCAUUCGAUCUAAUGUACCUGAACGGCGAGGAACUGCUCAACCGGCCUUUCAGAGAACGGAGAUCGCUACUCAAAAGCUUGUUUGUGGAAAUACCACACCAUUUCACCUGGGUCAAGAGUCUAGAUGCCACGUCCGCCGACGUAGAAGCAGUCCAAGCCUUCUUCCAAAGCGCCCUGGACAUCAAAUGCGAAGGUAUCAUGGUCAAGAUCCUCGACAACCUACCCAACCCCGACCUCCUCGCGGAAACCGAUGAAGCCAUCGAAAAGACGCCUUCCCUCCCACCAACACCUAAGAAGAAAAAGCACGCGAAGUCUAAAACAAAGGCAAAGUCCAAUGAGACCGAGAAAGAUGAACCGAAGACGUCCGGCCGCCGCAAAGCCCUCCUCUCGACCUACGAACCGGACAAACGCCUAGACAGCUGGCUCAAAGUAAAGAAAGAUUACAGCACCACCUCCGAAACCCUCGACCUGAUCCCCAUCGCCGCAUUCCAUGGCUCUGGUCGCAAAGCAGCAUGGUGGUCACCUAUUCUUCUCGCCAUCCGCAACGCAGAAACCGGCCAACUGGAAGCCGUCACAAAAUGCAUGUCCGGCUUCACGGACGCGUUCUACAAAGCGAACCGUGCAAAGUACGAUCCAGACGACCCGGAUUCCACAACCGUGCUAGCUGGGAAACCGCAUUACGUGGAGUACAAUGGUGGGGCGGGAACGCCCGCUGUUUGGUUUGAGCCGCAAGAGGUGUGGGAGGUGGCUUUUGCAGAUUUGACGCUGAGCCCGACGUAUACGGCUGCGAUUGGGUUGGUCAAUGAGGACAGGGGGUUGAGUACUAGGUUUCCUAGGUUCCUGAAAGUAAGAGAAGACAAGAGCAUCGACGAAGCUACUGAGGCAGAGGAGCUGGCCAGUUUGUAUCGGAAACAAGAGGCCAAGGCACCUAAGAAAGAUGAGACUGUCAGAGAGGUUGAGGAUGAAGACGUGGAGUAA